AUGGACGACUCAUCGUCCCCUCCAGACCCGGGCGCCGCACCGGACGUCCAACGCAGGUACUCUUUGCCUUCUAGUCGCGAUGCGGCUGAAUCUAUGAUCAUCUCUCCUAGUUGCGAUGCGACUGAUUCCACGUCUAUUUCUUUGAGUCGAAAUGCGGCUGUUCUCAAGAAUAUCUCUCUUAGUCGCGAUGCGGCUGCCACCAAGACUAGUUGUACAGCGGCCAUAGUCAAGGAAGAGUCCGCAAUGGACACCUCCGAGACCGCUGUGUCUGGUCCUCUUACGGAGGCCGCCAGUACCACUGUAUCCUCUUCGGUUUCAGGAACUGUUACAGAGCCCACCAUGGCACAAACUUCCACUUCGGAAGCCACCCUUUCAGCAACCUUCGCCGAGAUCGCCUCACGCAGUAAGUGGCACUCAGCUGCGUCGUCAUCGUUUGCUGCGUCUCAGCGUAAGUUUCACAGCGAGAAGGAGCUCCCCCAAGAAUCCGACGAAGACUCGGUGAUAAGUAGUUACCAGAAUCUUCUUCUCUCCUAA